AUGGCAGUGGAAGGUGAUAACACGAGCUCGGGAGAGCAAAAAACGAUGUCAACAAUUUUGGAUCGAGUGCGGGCCAUUACGGCCGAAAAAUUGAGCGUCGACGAAGGCGACAUCACACCCGAAUCGUCGUUCACCGAGGAUCUCGAUGCGGACUCGUUGGAUGUCGUUGAAUUGAUCAUGGCGUUCGAGGAAGAGUUCAGUACCGACGACAACCAAGUCGAGAUCUCUGACGACGACGCUGAGUCGAUUCAGACGGUGCAGAACGCCGUCGACUACCUGGGUGGUAAGGGUGUCACUGGUUAA